AUGGUUACAGGACCUGAAAUCAUAUAUACUAAGGACUGUGUGUCGUAUCUUGGCUAUGCUCCUGGACAGUCUCAGGUUAUAAUGAUUAAUGUAACCCGAUUGGUAAAGACUGUCUUCAUGGACAACUGCGUCGAAAACGAAGACACCAAUCGGGUGUCCUACAGAGUUCAAAACUUCUCAGUCUGCAACUUCCUGAACAACCGCCUGAUUUCAAAGCUCUUCUCCAAUUUCUACGAAGAAUUUGUGGGUAAUACCACUGACAUGAAGUGUCCUAUUCGCCCCGGGAUUUAUUAUUUGAAGAAUAGUAUAACUAACAACUCGGUGCCUUCAUUUCAUCCAUCUGGAAAUUACAGAUUUCUGGUCAAUAUCAAAACUGAGAAAGAAGGACCUUAUUCUGCGAAAUUUUUAUGGCGAUACCGGGUAACACGAACAUAA